AUGUCAAGAAGAAGAGUUUCUGUUUCUUCCAUUAUUGGAGGAAGAAGAAUUGAUGGUCAUAAUUGUCUAGUAAAAGGUGCAAUAUUAUUUGAUCACUCUGGAAUUAAUCAUCCCUUGUCCUCAUUCUUAUUUGUUCUGUUUUGCUGUUCUCUCUCUACUACGACUACCCCCACGUGCCCUAGUUCUCAUCGAUGGAAUUUGCGGCACAACGAUCUCAAAGAUGCUAUACAUUUGUUCAAUUGCAUGCUCCAAAUGCAACCUCUGCCCCCCAUUUCUCGAUUCAACAAAACUUUAGUUCCUCUUUUGAGAAUGGGUCAUUACGACAUCGCUUUAUCUCUUAUUAUUGGCAAGUCGCAUUUUCUAGGCACGCAGGUCAAUCUCUGCGCUUUCAGCAUUGCUAUUAACUGUUACGGUCAACUCAAUCGAAUCCAUUGUGGCUUCUCUCUUUUGGGUGCCCUCUUCAAAUGUGGUUAUACACCUGAUGCAACUACCUUCACAACUCUAAUUAAUGGACUUAUUUUGCAAGAUAAAACUCCUCAAGCUGUGGAGCUUUUUAAGAAAUUAAUCAGAAUCAGAGAAAUUCAACCCAACGUGGUUAUGUAUGGAUCCAUUGUCAAUGGGCUCUGUAGAACGGGGAACGCCAGCAGGGCUAUUAGUUUGCUUAGGAUAAUGAAGGAGGCAAGUUGUAAACCUAACACCGUAGUGUAUAACACAAUCAUUGAUAGUCUUUGCAAGGAUAGAAUGGUGGAUGAUGCUCUCAAACUCUUUAUAGAAAUGGAUGAAAAGGGUAUUUUCCUAUAUGUUGUCACUUAUAAUUCUUUGAUUCAUGGCCUAUGUAAUUUCUGUCGGUGGAAAGAGGUUACCAAAAUGUUCAGAGAAAUGUUGGAUAGUGGUAUUGCUCCAAAUGUUCAUACAUAUAGUGUGUUGGUGGAUGCAUGUACCAAGGAAGGGAAGAUGAACGAGGCAGAGGGGGUACUUGAAGUCAUGAUACAAAGAGGUGUGGAUCCUAAUGUAGUCACAUACAAUACUCUAAUGGAUGGAUAUUGUUUGCAAGGCCACACGGAUGAAGCAAUUAGAGUGUUCAAUAACAUGGUGGACAAGGGCCUUCACCCUAAUAUUUUGAGCUAUACCAUUCUGAUCAACGGAUAUUGCAAGAAGAUGAAAAUAGAUGAGGCCGUGCAUCACUUUCGAGAAAUGCCUCAAAGGGGGUUAAAACCCAACAAUGGAAUUUUCUACACUAUGUUAUGGGGUUUGUUUCAAACAGCUAGAUGUUCAGCUGUUCAUGAACUUUUUAAUGAGAUGCAAGCUGCAGGCAUAAUUCCAAAUUAUCAAAAUUAUGCUAUCUUGUUGGAUGGGGUGUGCAAAAAUGGGCAUAUUGUAGAAGCAUAUUCAUUAUUUCAGUUAAUGGAAAGGAACAAUUUAGAUCUUAAUAUUGUUACGUACACUAUCCUCACUGAUGGAUUUCGUAAGGUUAAAAAGCUUGAUAGUGCAAGGGCCAUUUUCAAUAACCUUUCUUCCAAGGGAUUACAUCCUAAUGUUAGGACAUACAAUCUGAUGAUACAAGGUCUUUUUGAAGAAGGCCUACUGGAUGAAGCUAAAGAGUUGUUUGUUAAAAUGAAACAGAAUGGUUGCUUGGCAAAUGAUGUCACUUAG